AUCCAUUUGCCUCCCACCUCCCUUUAGAUAUUUAUCAACAUUUAUCAGAUCCCCUCUCAGUGUUCUUUUCCCCAGGCUGAACAGACCCAGGCUCUACUAACAUUCUCAUCAUAAUUGCUAGGCCAGACAGUUAAAAAUCAUUAUUGACAGUUCCGCAUCAGUAUAAAUGUAGUUUGUGAAGUACAGUUCUUAAGUGGUGACAUACAUAUAGAUAGACAGAUAUAAACGAUCUGGAAACAAAUCAAAGCUAAAAUAUUGGCAGCUGACACAAGGGUGGUUCACGGACAUGGAGGUCACUGUCAGUCCAUUGCAGCCUUCCCCUGGACAGCAUGAAGCUUUAUUCAGAGGAGCUUUGCGGAAACCGGGGAGAUUAAAAGAAGUAAGUUCCAAUCUCUCCUUUAGCCAACAAGCACAUGAGCCUAUGUUCUCACUCUCAAAAUUAAGCUCCUUUAACUCUCAUCUAAGUUGAGCCUAGAGCUCUCACAGUGCUUCCCUUGUCCGAACUUCACCUGACUCCAGCAAAGCCGAGUAGGCUUUGGAGGGUGCUGAAGACAUCUAGUCCUUCGCAGACAGUGCUUAGCGCUUAACAGGAUCAGCCCCUUGGCGACUCGCAUGCUGUCCAUCACCUCAGAUGCCUUACAGUUUUUAAAUUAUGCAAUGCCCACCAUAUGUAAUUAGCUAAGUAAGCUGCUUUCUCUUAACCUCAAAUGUUUGUAAUGCUUAUAAUCCCGGUUAGGUGUCUGUAUAAAGGAGCUCCUUGUUAAGGGCAGAGGGGAGGAAUUUUCUUCUAUAAGGAAAUUAGGCCCUUGACCGAGAUGUAAAGCCGAAGGUUUGAAAGAUUGCUUUUGUUUGGCCAGUGUUUGAGGGUCCCAGUGUUUAAAUUAAUCAGCAAGUCAUCACUGGGCGCUAGCUGCCUAUGCAAAGCAACUUGCCCAUGGCGAGUCCUGUCCCAGUGAGCUAUGGGCAUCCUCGCUAUUUUUCUUCCUAGUCCCUCCUUACUCCUGUUUCAGCAAGUUUAACACCAGCAUCAAGUGCUUUCCUGGGAUGAAGAACUGGGAGUUCGUCAGCCAAGAUGGAUUUUCGCUUUUGGCCCAUUUCCCAAUUGGGAAAGCUGAACGUUUCGAUGCUCUUGGUGGUUCUUGUCAUGUUUCUUUUGAUUAUUGACUUUGUGAGAAAGAGACGUCCCAGGAAUUUCCCUCCUGGGCCACAGCUAUUUCCUCUUGUGGGAACCAUUGUGGAUUUAAGGCAACCUCUCCAUCUGGAGAUGCAGAAGCUUACUGCGAGGUAUGGAAACAUCUUCAGCGUGCAGUUUGGAGGUCUGACUUUUGUGGUGGUCAGUGGGUACCAGAUGGUGAGAGAAGCCCUUGUCCACCAGGCUGAAAUAUUUGCAGAUCGACCACAUAUUCCACUUCUCCAAGAAAUUUUUAGAGGCUUUGGUCUCAUAUCCUCAAAUGGUCACAUAUGGAGGCAACAGAGAAAGUUUGUUUCAGCAACGCUGAAAAGCAUUGCGGUCAGUUUUGAGUCAAAAGUGCAAGAGGAGAGCCGGUACCUCGUGGAGGCGAUGGAGGAAGAGAAGGGGCAACCGUUUGACCCUCAUUACAAAAUUAAUAGCGCUGUUUCGAACAUUAUCUGUUCUAUAACUUUUGGGAACCGCUUCGACUACCAUGACAGCAACUUCCAGGAAUUACUGCACUUGCUUGCAGAAACACUGCUGCUGAUAGGAAGUUUCUGGGGCCAGCUGUAUAAUGCUUUCCCUCUGAUAAUGAGAUGGCUACCAGGGCCCUUCAGGAAGAUAUUCAGGCACUGGGAGAAACUGCAGCGUUUUGUGAGGGGAGUGAUUGCAAAACACAAGGAGGACUUGGACCAGUCUGACUUGGGAGAUUACAUUGACUGUUACUUAAAGGAAAUAGAAAAGUGUACGGGUGACACCAACUCCUAUUUCCAUGAGGAAAAUCUGCUCUGCUCCACACUGGACCUCUUCUUGACUGGGACAGAGACAACAGCAACCGCCAUCCGCUGGGCUCUGCUCUACAUGGCCGCGUACCCCCACAUUCAGGAGAAAGUGCAGCUUGAAAUUGAUGCUGUGAUUGGCCAGUGCCGCCAGCCCACCAUGGAGGACAAGGAGCACAUGCCCUACACCAGCGCAGUGCUGAGCGAGGUGCUGCGAAUGGGCAACAUUGUGCCAUUGGGAGUGCCCAGGAUGUCCACCAAUGACACAACCCUGGCUGGCUUCCACGUGCCCAAGGGUACCACGCUGAUGACCAGCCUGACUUCAAUAAUGUUUGACAAAAAUGUGUGGGAGACUCCAGACACCUUUAAUCCUGAACACUUCCUGGAGAACGGCCAGUACAGGAGGCGGGAGGCUUUCCUGCCCUUCUCUGCAGGCAAGCGUGCCUGUCCUGGUGAGCAGCUGGCCAGGACUGAGCUCUUCAUCUUCUUCACUGCCCUGCUGCAGAAGUUCACCUUCCAGGCUCCAUCUGCCACCGUGCUGAGCUUUGCCUUCACGCUCAGCCUCACGCGCUGCCCCAAGCCCUUCCAGCUCUGUGCCCUGCCUCGCUGCUGAAGGCAAGAUGGAAAGCAUUCCCUUCUCAGCUGUCCUAUUAGGUUACAGGCCGCAGUGCUGGGGCUCCUCACAGCCAGCAGCCUGGCAUGGUGUUUGGGCAGUGGGGAGGGCAGGAGGGCUGCAUUCUGCACACUGCAAUGAGGACAAGCCCUGGGACUCACCCUUGCUCUCCUACUCCUUUCUCUGAUCAGUUUGAUAAAAUACAUGAAUU